GAUGUAAGGGACCGCCCGGCGGUACCACUAGCACUCCACUGAAUAGGCAUCCCCAGCGCAUGGAAUCUAAGUCCCAGAGUGCUUGUUCACCAGGGCCCCUGAUGGUGGGGAUGGACUUGGAGCACCCCGAGACCAGGUCGUGACUACUGAGGACGCCCGUCAGUGGUAGGGGUAUUCGCCAGGGGCUGCCACGGGAGAGAGCCAGGUAUGAGGAGGUCUGGAGACCCCGUUGAGAGGGACGGAUGGAUGGCUGAGCAAGUGCAAGGUCAUACAAGCUGGGUCGGUAACUAUGGGGAUAGUGCGGUACAGAGCAGCGGGCAAAGAAUAGUCGGGUCACACUCCAGGUCAGCAACAGCAGGUCAGAUCCAAUAGGGGGCAU